AUGGACUUGACGAACCUGCGCGAGAGCCUCGAGUCGCCCGUCCAUCCGGCGCCCAGCCGCGUGCAUGAUGAGCGGCUCACGAAUGAAUUCCGCAUUGCUGCGCUGCAGCUGACGAAUCUGUACAAACAAGGCCGGAAAAAUGCGCGCGAGGCGUUCAUGGAUGGGUACAGCCAAGCGCUGGGCGACACGCUCGAGUGCGUGCGCACAGCGGCUCAGGGCGCAUCGGCGCACGACGCGCAGACGCGCCUGGCUGGACUGUGUGACUAUAUUCAGCGGCGGCUGGACGCUCUUCAAAGCGACGUUCAGGACCAGGAAGAGGCCGCGCAGGCCGCCGCGGUGCAUGACCCCGUCGACGACAGCGUGUCGCGAACGCGGCGCAAGGCGCGGCAUGCGCACGAUGCGCCCAAGCGCGCCACGCGCCCGCCUGGUGCGGCCGAGGCGCCACCGCCGUCGUCCCAAAGUGCGUGCGAUUCAGAUAUGGACGUCGCGCCCCUCGCCCACGACCGCUCCCACCCACGCAAGCGGCGGCGUGCGCUGCGCGAUCCUAGACAGCGUGUAUAG